CUCCAAGACUUUUUCCUAUUUAUUUAUUUGUAUUUAUUUAAUAUGGGGCGCGCUAUUCUUCUGACAGUUGCGGUUAUGUUCGUCUUGAUAUGCAAGGGUUUUUGUUCAGGAGUUUUCGAACUGAAGUUGCAGGAGUUUUUGAACAAGAAAGGGGUUCAGGGCAACAUGAACUGCUGCAAGGGAGGGUUGACGUCGGUUUAUCAGCAACAGUGUGAAUGUAAAACGUUUUUCAGAAUCUGUCUGAAACAUUAUCAGCCAAACGCAUCACCAGAGCCACCUUGUAACUACGGCGGCGCUAUAACGCCUGUUCUUGGGUCAAACUCUUUCCAAGUUCCGGAAGCCAUGUCUGACAGUUCAUUCACCAAUCCCAUCAGAAUUAACUUCGGUUUCACAUGGCCGGGGACGUUCUCGCUGAUCAUUGAAGCUCUGCACACCGACUCCAAAGACGAUCUUUCGAUAGAAAACCCAGACCGUGUUAUCAGCACAAUGACCACUCAGAGACAUCUGACGGUGGGAGAUGACUGGUCUCAGGACCUGCAUACUGGAGGAAGAACCGAGUUGAAGUACUCCUACCGCUUUGUCUGUGAUGAGCACUACUAUGGCGAUGGCUGCUCGGUCUUCUGCCGUCCACGAGACGAUGCCUUCGGCCACUUCACCUGUGGAGAGCGCGGAGAGAUUGUCUGUGACGCCGGGUGGAAAGGCCAUUACUGCACAGAACCUCUCUGCCUUCCAGGAUGUGACGACGAACACGGCUUUUGUGAGAAGCCUGGGGAGUGCAAGUGCAGAGUGGGUUUCAAAGGGCGGUACUGUGAUGAGUGCAUCCGUUACCCAGGCUGCCUCCAUGGGACCUGCCAGCAGCCAUGGCAGUGCAACUGUCAGGAGGGGUGGGGAGGCCUCUUCUGUAACCAAGAUCUGAACUACUGCACUCACCACAAGCCCUGUAUGAAUGGAGCUACUUGUAGCAACACUGGCCAGGGGAGCUACACCUGUUCCUGCAGACCGGGCUUCACUGGGGAUGCUUGUGAGAUUGAGGUCAACGAAUGCACCCUGAACCCCUGUCGAAAUGGAGGAAGCUGCACUGAUAUGGAGAACACGCAUGCCUGUGCUUGCCCUCCUGGUUUCUACGGCAACACCUGCGAACUGAGUGCCAUGACUUGCGCCGAUGGUCCCUGCUUCAACGGAGGCCGCUGUGCCGACAACCCUGAUGGCGGAUACUUCUGCCAGUGCCCCACCGGCUACGCUGGCUUCAACUGUGAGAAGAAGAUUGACCACUGCACCUCCAGCCCAUGCUCCAAUGGUGCCCGUUGUGUGGAUCUCGUCAAUUCCUACCUGUGCCAGUGUCCUGAUGGCUUCACAGGCAUGAACUGCGACCACACCGGCAAAGAGUGCUCCAUCUACCCCUGCCAAAAUGAUGGUACAUGCCAGGAGGGUCUUGACGGCUACACCUGCAUCUGCCCCCCGGGCUACACGGGCCGCAACUGCAGUUCUCCCAUAAGCCGCUGCGAGCACAACCCCUGCCACAACAGCGCCACCUGCCACGAAAGGAAUAACCGCUACGUGUGCGCCUGCGUGCCUGGUUAUGGUGGCCGCAACUGCCAGUUCCUGCUCCCGGACCAUGCAGCUAUUCGAGGCUCGGAGAUCCCCUGGAUGGCGGUGGGGUCUGGGACAGCUCUGGUGCUGCUUCUGCUAGCAGGGUGUGCAGUGCUGGUUGGCUGUGUCCGCAACAAGAUGCAGCGCGGUAGCCAGGGCGACGCCACCGUCGGCGAAGGCGAGACAAUAAACAACCUGACCAAUAAUUGUCACCGGAGUGAUAAGGACCUGUCGGUAAGCGUCGUAGGGCUCGGGCCACAGCCAGGCAUCAAGAACAUCAACAAGAAAAUGGAUUUCGGAAGCGAUGCCGACAUGGACGGACCACCACCGUCGUGUCGGAGCAGCUACAAGAGCCGCCACCUGCCGGCGGACUAUAACCUUGUGCAUGAGGUGAAGUACGAGCAGGCGGCCAAAGAGUCGAUGCUGAGCCUGGAGGCCUCGGCUUGUGAAGAGAAAUGCCAAGCUCUGGACUCGGGUUUUGAGUAUGAGGAGUGCAGAAAUAAACGCAGCAAACAUUUAAAAAGUGACGCAUCAGAAACUUCAAGAAAUGAAAUUAAACUUCCAGAAAUGUCUGCAUGUGCAGACACCAAGUACAAAUCCGUGUUUGUCAUGUCAGAGGAGAAGGAUGAAUGUAUAAUUGCAACUGAGGUGUAA